UGAACUACCACUUCCGUGUUUUGGGGGAGGCACAUGACAGACGAAAUAUGUCGUUUUAACGAGUGUUUCUGUUUACACAUGACGAGAACGACGAAUUUGCGUUUGAAAUCUCCAUGAAAUAUGUCAUUACUUAAUAUAUAGAGUUAUAUGGAAAUAAUUGUGAAAAUCUCAACAGUUUCAAUAUGUCCAUUAUUCAAGUGAAGGGAAGCGGGGGCAGUGUAGCAGUGGACAGAUCACCGUUUUAUGGUGGGAGAGUGCCCCAGGAAAUCAAAGCCAUCAGCAAACCUAUGGCAAAGAUUGACAAACAAACUUUUCGUAAAUUGUUGCAAAUGAUUGUGUCCUCUAUGGAAGGAAAGGAAAUUGAUUGUGCAGUAUUAGAGGAAUUAGAACAUGACAUCUUCACCAAGGAAGUGUUGAGUAUAGUUUAUACUGGCUUGUACUCCCUACUGAGACGGGCAAUUCGACUGCCACUGACAUCGUUAAAACCAGAGAUGUUCAAGGAGGACAUAAAGGAAUUAAACAUUCCUGAAGAGUUCCACAGUGAUCUUGCUAGUGUUAUCUUUGGUUCAAGGGGGCCACAGAUCACCGCACACUGUCUAGAGAACAGACCACGACUACCCAGAUUAGAUUGUCUCAAGUGGAGAGUUGAUGUAGCCAUAUCUACCAGUGUUUUAAACAGAGUGUUGGAACCAAGUAUUCUCAUGGAGCUGACUCUUAGUGAUGGCAGGAUCCACACAUUUGAGAUUCCUGUUGCCAAAUUCCACGAACUACGAUACAACGUUGCAUUUGUUCUUAAAGAAAUGGAAGACUUAGAAAAACGAAGUAUUCUAAAGAUAAAAGACUAAUGUUUUCUGGAUAGUAAUAUGAACACAUGUGUAUGCAAACUUCUUUGUGAAACUGCAGUAUAUAUCAUGUCAACACAUUGUCUAUUGCAUGUUGGAAGGAUAUAGGCUUCUUUACAAAUGUUAUGUUUUAGAGUCAUCUCCAUUAAGGAUAUAUGCUACCUUACACAUUAUAUCUGUUAUUUUGUGUCAGAGUUAAGGAUAUAUGCUACCAUACACAGUAUAGCUGUUAUUUUGUGUCAGAGUUAAGGAUACAUGCUACCUCACACAUUAUAGUUGUUAUUUUGUGUCAGAGUUAAGGAUAUAUAUGCUACCUCACACAUUAUAUCUGUUAUUUUGUGUCAGAGUUAAGGAUAUAUGCUACCAUACACAUUAUAGCUGUUAGAUUGUGUCAGAGUUAAGGAUAUAUGCUACCUCACACAUUAUAUCUGUUAUUUUGUGUCAGAGUUAAGGAUAUAUGCUACCUUACACAUUAUAUCUGUUAUUUGAGUCUGAGUUAAGGAUAUAAUAAUGUCACCUAACACCUUAAACUCGAGUUAAGGAUACAAGGGUACACAUGAUACCCUUGACCUGUGUUAGAUUGUCUUCGCUAAGGAUGUAUGUUACCUGCUUCCACAUUAUACCUGUGAAUUGCGUUAAGAAUUAUUUACCUUUCAGGUAAUAUUCGACUUCGCAUUAUCUCCCUUAAUUAUUUGUUUUCAAUUUGUGUAAUCUAAUAUAAGUGUUAUUAGUAAAUGUAUUUUUAUAUCAUUAAUGUAAUAUUAAUUAUCAAAGAACAAGUAACCUGUCAUAAUAAGUAUUUUUCAAUAUUUCUUAGAAUUGUACACAUUCUGAAAAUAAAUGUUGCAGUAGGCACUAGAUAAGGGUAAAUACAAGACACCUGUGUUGUUAACUUUAUAAACAUUAUUGGUGAAAACUUGUUAGUAGAUUCCUGAUUAAAUAUGGACCAAAUUGAAAGAAUACGUGUACAUGUAUAUCCAUAGCUAACCUAAAAUAUGUAUCCAAAUAUAACCUGUGAUAUUGAUCUCGGCUUCCCCUUGGUUGAUAUCACCUUUUCAGAAGUCAAUAGUUGUUAAUAUAUAUCACAAGAAUAGUCUGAUCUUCAGCAAACUCUUACCUCUUCCAUUAAUGAAAUUACGGUAAUCAAAUUAUCCACAUAAUGGCAUCAAAGUUGACAGUGUUUUGACUUAAUGAUUUGUUACUGAAAAUCACUUUAUUUUCAUGUGUAAGUUAUUUAGCAAACUAGUAAAGCAUUUUUUUCUAAAAUAUACUUGAAUUCACUAUUACAAUAUCUAUUGCACUUAUCAUUGGAAUUAAAAGAUGAUUUAAGUAAAGGUAUGAUUUCCCUCACAAAUUACGAUGAAAUUCAUUUCUAACAAAAAAUAUAGUGAUUUACCAAAAUAAUUAUUCGGCCAAAGUAACUUUGAAACUAUUCUGUAUUAUUUAAAAAAAAGAUAUCUUAGCUGGUGGCAUCUGUGAAAUUCUGACCAUUUUAAAUUGAAUAUAGUGAAAUGUGUUGCCAAAAACCUACAGGAAUGUUUAACUCUUCAUGAUUAUGUUUGGGGAUGUAGCACUUAAAUAUUGUGUCCUGUAUGUUACUGGCAACCUUGAACUGUACAAUUAUUACAGAGCUUACCUACUGCAGUAGACAGUCAUGUUUACCUCCCUUUGAAAAACUGACCGACUCUACAGUAAAUACUUGUUUAGUUACAGGGGGCUUGUCCACUUAUGUAAUAAAAUUUAUUUUACUAUG